UUGCGACAUGCAUUCGCCAUUUUGCUGCCUCGGUGUGUGUAUGUGUGAUAGUGUUUGUUAGUGUGUGUUCCUCUAAAGCCGAAUACCUUCAUAGCUUCCCAACAACUCCUCAUCUCCUCCUCAGCUUAAGAGAAAGGAAGAAAUCUCCGCGUUUACUGACAGUAGUGGAGCUGCUGCGGCAUAAAAUGAAAAAAAAAGCUGGACCCUGGAACCAUUGAGAGAUAGUUUUGGUGUUUUGUGUGUUUUUUUGCUUUGGGUUAACGUUGAGGAGCAGUUCCAGCAGAAAUGUAAGAUUGACCAACAGGACCUAAGUUCUCCACCAUCAGCUGCUCAAGAUGAAAGCACGGCGUAAAGGGGAGGAACAUUAUUCUCCUCGCUGGAAUGUGCUUUCUUUUUUGGAUUUUCAGAUUUGACAUAUCCAUAAAUCUACCAAUAAUGAUACCUGGAUUAAUCUCCCAGGAGAUACAUGAGCAGCUUCUGGACUCAAAGAAUUACCAGAAUCGCACAAAUGGGGUGGAGAAGCUUAAAAGCGUCCUCUCAGAUGUGGACAUUAAAUCGAUCCCACCUGGGAGCAUUGAGGAGUUUAUCAAUUUUCUGCCUCGACUUCUAGAUGACAGUAAUUUUAAGGUGCUAUAUGGCGCCUUACAGCUUUUAAACCUGCUGAUACAGAAGCUGGAUACGGGUGUGGAAAAAUUUUUCAAGCAUAUCGUUUUUGUCGGACUGAAGGCGCUCGGUGACACUCGUGCUGUCACCAGGAAUGAAUACCUUAAUGUGUUUCAGCAGCUGAUGAAAACUACUCCACCUCAACAAGUAUUGGACCUUGUUAUCGGCAACUUGAAACACAAGAACUCCAGGGUUCGGGAAGAUGUCCUGAACAUCAUCACGGCAGCUAUGCUAACUCAUCCCAGAACAGAUUUCAAUAUUCCUAAGCUUUGCUUCGAGGUCGCUCCAUAUUUAGCAGACAGUAAAAAGAAGGUCCGCCAUGCUGCCCUGGAGUUGUUUGCAGUUUUUGACCAUUGCCUUGACACAGGAAAGAAGCAGCCAUUGAUGAAAGCCUUGGACAUGGUUGAGCUUAAUGAAGAUGCAGAAGGGCUGAUGGCAGCUGUGCAGGCGAGAAGAGGGAGGCACGUCCUCCCAAAGCUAACCGCUGAAGGGAUCGUAGAGUAUGGUCUUCUGGUGCCUAAACCUGGACAGUGGUCUACAGGUCAAUAUGCGUCUGGGGCAGAUCUGGACUGGGUGAUAAACGGAGGGCGGACAAGCAGUGCCAGGAGCUACAGGACAGAGCAGGACAGGGAUCGGUUAUGCGGCUACGGCAGCUUAGGCUCCCUCACUGACGACCCACCAUUUCAGAGGAGGAUUGUCAGCGCAGGUAAAGGGAAGAACAAGCUGCCCUGGGAGACCUCCAGCUUCUCAUCGACCGAUAACGAGCCACAGCAUUGCACUACACCUAAUGGAAAGGGCUCUGAGCAGGUUGCAAAAGAGGACUCCAGCUCACUUUCCAAGAAGGAAGAAACCUACAUACCAAGUUUCAGUUCUGCUGAGCCACCGACGCUCCUGUCUCCCAGAAGGAAGGAAACCAAAGCAGGUCUCAGGAGAAGUGGAAGCCUCAACUUUGAGACAAAUAUCUUAAAAAUAACAAACUUCUCCGACCAAGAUGUUGUGGCUCCCAAAGGACGAGUUCUGACGAGAAAUCCAAGCGUAGAGCGGACUUUCUCUCUCCCCUUGAACGCUUAUGCGCCUGGCUCCUUUCUCCUGCCUUCCUACCCUCUGGCUGCACGUACAGGGGGCAUGCUUACUCCAACACUUCCCCGCCGUCAUGCAGAGUCUUCCCCAUCCAUGUCUAACACCUGGCCCAACAAACGAGAGAACAGCCCUCAACAACAAGGAACAAGCCCACGGAGAGAGAGAGUCAACACAUCAAAGGAUCUCUUCGGUGUGCAGUCUCCCAGACCUCUUUGUGCUUCCCUCGUGAGUUCCUCUUCCACCUCGUCGUUCAGGCGAGCUCUGAGCAGCACCAGGGCAACCUUCUCCAUCUCCCCAGUGCAAGCUCAUUCUUUUGACGGCCAAAGAUCAAACACUCCAUCCAGCCAGCAGGCGGACUAUGACUCUAAUAUGGACUCUGAUAGCAUUACUGCCUGGAGAGACUGUCAGAAAGAUGAGAAUCUGGACAUGCAGGAGAUGCUGAACUCCCUGCGCUCCCUGCGAAACAGCGCUGCCAAGAAGAGGGCCAAAGUGAGCCUCAGCAGCCCUGAUCCUGAUAGCCCCGACUCCGCUGUGCGGGUAGAGCUGGGUUUGGACUCACCGUUUCAAAGCUCUCCGGUGCUCACCAGCUCAGCCAGUGAAAGUGGACUCUCAAGUCUGAGCUCAGCUGCCAACUCCAGCUUUAACGGAAUCAAAACAAGUCCCAUGGGCUCGGCCUCCUCUGUGAUGAAACCUCGCAUUGCAAGAGUUCAUUCUGCAAAGCUACGGCCCUCUGCUUCCAUGGAUUUCACUAGCCUCCAAGUAAUUUCCCGGAAAAAUGACCUGUCAUCUGAGGUGGGAGUUGCUGGGCAGAGAGUUCAUUUUUGCAAUGGAGUAAUGAAAAGUGAGGAAGAGAAAAUGGCACCUUCUCCUCCGCUGAUCAAACCGGCUGUCCGCGAACCGGUCCGAGCUUUGAAGCCUGCCAAAGGGUUUCACAAUAUCAGCAGCUGUAGAAAUUCCCUGGAUGCAGACUUACCUGAAGCAGUCAUAGGAAGAGGCAUGUGUGGCUCUUCACUGUCCUCCAGUCGUCCAGGAGUUACUCUGUCACUUGAGCAGGGUGAUUUGGCUGCCAAACCUCUCACUGAUCCCUCUUUAGGCAUCUACAGCAGUCAAAUAGAUGGUGAUGACAGCUCACUUCCUGAUGAGGCCAAAAAGGUUAGACAUAUCAGGAGGGGUCGGGAUAAUAUUCGACUGAAGAAUCUGGAUCUGUCGGACGAGCUAUCAGAUAGAGGAGAUGAAUCAAGAGACAUGCUUCGUCAUCGUGUCAGACAGAUGUUGUCUGGUUCGCCUGUAGAGGAAAAAAAAGAACCAAUCAAAAAUUUACACCUUAAUGGCAGCACACUGACAUCCACCAAGUCAGACCUUCUCUCGGAUGAAUCCAGCAUCAGACCUGCCAGCCCAACUGAACCCCAAAGUCCAUUGAAAAGCUUGAGGACAGCCCACCAUCCAAGCCCUCCUAAGGUGCCACCCAACCCAAAAAAUGUGUCUCGCCUUAGAAGGGCACCUAGCCUCGGCAGAACCCGACCUACGCAUUCCCACAGUUCAGAUGAGCUUUGCCAUGCCACUUUGAGACACAAGAAAAAUCUGUCUGCUCCUUCAGAGCUCUGUCCCUUUUCAAAGCCUGAGCUGGUGUUGACACAGAGUUUCAACCUCCUGAAUUCAGAGGACUGGGAGAAGAAGAUCGAGGGUCUGAUGUUCCUGCGCUCUUUGGCUUACAACCAUGCCGACACACUUCAAGGCAGGCUCCAUGAAGUUUGUCUGUGUCUUAUUCAAGAGGUGAAGAACCUUCGCUCAGGCGUGUCCAGGGUGGCAGUGUGUACGCUUGGCGACCUGUACACACACCUGCAGAGACUGAUGGACCAAGAGCUGGAGGGGACAGUCAAAGCUUUGCUGCAGAAGGCUGGAGAGAGCAACUCUUUUAUUAGGCAGGAUGUCGAUGCAGCGCUGGACUGCAUGGUGCAGCACUGCACCCCGACUCGCGGCAUUGGUGCUUUACUCAGUGGGGGAAUCAGUCACCUUAACCCAGUGGUGAGAAAAUGCACCGCUUAUCAUCUGGCUAACCUGUUAGAGAAGGUUGGUGCCGCCCGUCUCUUAUCUGGAGGUAAAGACCUAACCGAAAGGAUUAUACCUGCCAUCGGCAAACUUUCACAAGACUCCUCCCAGGAGGCCAGGUACUUUGGUCGUCGGAUGCUGCUCUCUCUGUCAUCACACCCUGACUUUGACAAGAACCUGGAAAAGUAUAUUCCCAACAAAGACCUGCAAGCUGUCAGAGAAACUGUCCUGACUCUCAGAACAAAGGGUCUGGGCGAGAUGCUCCAAGAUUCUCAGUCAGCCAGAGGGAGACGCUCUUUGCCAGGCAGCGGUACGGUCAGGGCUUCAUCUCUUAACGGAGAGCAACUCAACCAGACCAACAGGGAGUCUAAUAGCAACUGUAAAAAUCAGACGCAGAGCAUUGCAGACAAAACUGAAUACAUAAAGCAGAUCUCAGGUCUGCUGGGUUCGAAGGACUUCCGAGAGCGGAUCAAAGGGAUUGAUCAGCUAGUGGCUGACUGCGAAAACAACCCCAGCAUCGUCAUCAAUUGUAUAUUUCCGGUGUUUGAUGCCUUUAAAGCCAGACUGCAAGAGUCCAACAGCAAGGUCAACCUUUAUGCCCUGGAGUCUCUGCCCAAAAUAAUCAGUUUGCUGAAGGACAGUCUGUCCCAAGUGGUUCACAUCCUGGUCCCAGCAGUUGUGGACAAUCACCUCAACUCCAAGAACAAUGCCGUCUACUAUGCUGCUAUUGACGCCAUGAAUGCACUUAUUUUGAAUCUUGAUAAUAUUCUUCUUCUUCAGCCUUUCUGCACCAAGGCCCAGUUUUUAAGCGGCAAAGCUAAGGUGGAUCUUAUCGAAAAGGUUGCAGGCCUUGUUACAGAGCUCUACCCCCGGAAGCCUCAGAUUGUGGAGCAGAAGGUUUUGCCCUUAUUGUGGCACCUGCUGGGUACGUCCACCCACAGCGGCAGCAUCCACGGCCGUGGCGGCAGCGUUCGGAGUGCUACGGCCAAGCUGUGCCAAGCCCUUCACACCCAGAUGGGAUCAAGCCUGAGCGAGUGUGCCGCCACCCAGCCUGCUAAUGUCCAGAAAGGUCUGAACGAGUUCUUAAAGACUUUAAAAUAAAGGAAAAAAGCAACAUCCACACAGCUUCAUAUACUGAAAGAGAGCAUCGAGGCUGAUCUUACUUGAAAAAAGGAAAUGUUCUACGUUUCUUAUAGUGCCUGCACUUUUAUAUCAAUAUAAACAAGUCCUCAAGGUCUUUGGUUGUUGUAGUUAUUUUAUCAGUGACAUUUACUCUGGUACAGAAAUGUUAACACAUUGACAUCAGGUCUUACUCACACUCAACCUGCUCUCUCUGCACUUUGAAAAGUAGCUUCUCGUCAAAGCUUUCCUCCAUUAUGUACUGUUGACACUAUUACAGAAUGUAAAACCGCACAAAAACAAGGUUAACAAGACAGGGACCCAAAGGUGUAUAUUUUUGAUGUUUUAACAGAGAUGAUGUGAUAUUUUUGAAACGCCAGGCAGAAGAUUUGUGACAUGAGAUUUAAAAGAAAAACAGAAAAAAAAGGAACAAUAUACUUUUGUACAGCUCAGUUGUGUAUUUGCACAGUGUUAGCUUAAUGUUUAAGUAUGGUAAAAAUUGGUUUUAAUUUAUCAAAUGUGUGAUGGUCUACAACUCAUGAUGUGCUGAGUUUGUACUCAUUUUCUUUGUUUGCAUGACCGAAUCUAAACAAAAAAGAAAAAAACAAUCAAAGCUGUAUAAUCUUUAUGUGAGGGUUUGUAUACACAGAAACCUAAAACAAGAUUGGAAAAGGGAGUUUUUACACCUGGAAUUGCCUGAGAAACAGGAAGAAGUCAGCUGUUUCAGUCUCCGUGUCGUGCCAGUCUUCAAGUAGCCUUUUAUCUCCAACGGUAAUUUAUAUAGAGCUGAUUUGUGAACUAAAAGAAAGAGAUAUAUGAAUAAACAGUUUUAUU